UUUCGUUCGCUCGUUUUUUCCCUCCUCUUUGAUGAUGUUGCUUAGUUUAGUUUGCGCGAAUGAGGAGAUUCCCUGUCCUUAGUUAAUCGUUGCGGACUCUGAAACCCACUGGAGUUACUCUGAAGUGCCAUGGGAGUCUGCUGGUGGAUUUAAUCAGACUGCCACAGUGUUUUAUCGUUACUGAAAAGUGUGGGAGCCCUCUGCCACAGUCAUGCUGGAGUCUCAUCUCUCUCAGCUCUCCUCUUUAAAAGAUGACUUUAAAAUAGACGAUUAUGUGCCGCCGCACUACCGGGAGUCCUACAGGCUGGCCAUCGAUGCCCUCGUCAGCGGCGGACAGGACGCCUACCUGGACGUCGUCAAGGCCGAGAAGGUCGGGGCCUUCCUCUCAGAGGCCGAGCUCCUCUUCAUCGCCCACAGCACGGAGCGAACCACCGAGGACCACCACUCGGGGGAGGUCGACGGCACGCCGGACAGCCAGUCCUCGUCGGGCACGUACUGGCCCACGCACUCGGACGUCCCGGCCCCCAACCUGGAGCUAGGCUGGCCCAACUAUGCCCACGAUAGGAUCCAGACCAACGUGGAGCUCCUGUUCCACCCACCCAGACAAAGCAGCCCCACCAUAAAGGAGGUGAUUCGGAAACACAUCCAGGAAGCACAGGAGGUCAUUGCCAUUGCUAUGGAUGUGUUCACUGACGUGGAUGUAUUCAGGGAGAUAGUGGAUGCCUCUGUUAGAGGAGUCUCUGUCUAUGUCCUCCUGGAUCACUCUCAGUUCAAAAGUUUCCUCACCAUGGCGGAGAGUCAAGACAUUCAAAUAUGCAAGCUGACGAACAUGCGGGUCAGAACUGUAAAAGGACAAGACUAUCUCUGUCGCACAGGGGCAAAGUUUCACGGGAGCAUGGAACAGAGGUUUCUGUUGGUUGACUGCAGGACUGUGUUUUUUGGAUCCUACAGCUUGAUGUGGUCCUAUGAGAAGAUCAACCUGAGCAUGGUUCAGGUCAUAACUGGCCAUCUGGUGGCAUCGUACGACGAGGAGUUUCGAACUCUCUACGCCCGCUCCACUGUCCCUCCAGAGCUGGCACCUCUCGACAGCCUGGCGAAUGGGAAGAGCCUGGGGGGCAAAAUGGAGACCAGCGGGUCUCAGUCCUUUGAGAGGAAGCACCUGCGUCACACCCUCAACACCGCCUACAGGCAAGCCUGCGAGAGGAGAGGCUUUGGUAGCCACAUGGCAGGCAUCGAGGAACAACCGCCCAAUCAUGAGCCGUUCGGUCACGAGCGAAUGAUGCACCAACAGCCUCGGGAUUAUGCACCGACGAUGGACGCCAUGAGUUAUCUGAAAAGGCACAGCUACGCUGGAGAGAGACAGGAGGGCACCUACACUCCUUCCUACAUGAGGCAUGGAGCCAGCAACUGGAAUGUGGCCGCGAACAGCAGAGGUUACGGUGGGAACCACUGGAGACAUCACCUCCCUGGUGGCUACAACGACCCGCAUCACGCACCACCGAUGGACCAGGUCCACCGCGGCACCAACAUACGCCAGUCUUACCACGGUGGUGGAAAACAAUUCAUGAACAUGCAGCAGAACAUGCCCAGUUUAGAGCAGGUGUCCAAGUCAUUUAUGCGUGAUUGGAGGGUCGAGUCCUACCUAAAUAACAAUGACACCAUCGUGGAGAACCAUGAAUACCUGGACCAAUAUGAUGCACCUGAGAAUAGGCCUUCUCUGCAUCUGCACUCUCGUCUGAGGUCCUCAAUAGUUCUAAAGUCAGUUAUUCCUGAACAAAUGGAAAAUGGUUACACAGAUGCCUCUUCGAGUUCCAUUCGGUAUAGGGACCAGCAUGGCAUGGCACCCAGUAAAUACACACAGCCAACUCCCUCGUUUAAUCAGAAUGAACCGGUGGACUAUAGAGCAAUGCACAGCGAUUUUAACCUGAGAAGACGCAGUCUGCAAAUACUCGAUGAGCCGAAGCACCCUGGGACUGGUAACACUUUGGAGAGAGACUAUUUACGUUCUUGUGUCACUCUAGGUAGAGUGAAAGGGAGAUUGGCACGCCAGGACCUGGAUGCUCAGCAGGAAAAUGAAUUUAAAAGGCACAGUGUGGCUGAUCCAAAGUCCAACACAUAUGUUGGACACAGAGAAACGUCCGGCGCCAUGUUUAAUUCUCUGAUGAGGGUGCAUGAGGAGCGAUACGCUUCUCGAGACAAUGCCAGAAGCAGGGUUAGCAGGCUGAAUGACGAUCAAAGAUCGGUCUCAAAUGGCGAUUUCAACGGGUCUGCCCGGAGCCCAACUUCGUCCGAGUCUACGUGGACAGAGUCCCCUACCAGGACCUCGUCCGCCACCUUGCUGGCCCUGCGAGACAGAAAGCAAGAAAGAGCCAAACCCAGUGGCAUCAGCUCGCCGCAAUUCCUUAAGAAGAGCUCCAUGAAAAUCAAAUCGCUCCUUAACAUAGCAGAUAAGAAAGAGGGCUCGCCCAAGAGCAAGUUCAGACUGAUCCCCAAAUCGGCGGCGAGCAGCACCGACACCAUAGUCUCCGAGGACGGCCAGCAGGCCGGCGAUGAUGACACGGCCGGGUCACCAAGGUCCACAGGCGGGCCCGGCAACUGGAGGUCUCACGGCAAACUCCACGACAGAGACGUCCUGAACGCCGUGGGCAGAUCGUCGGCGCCCCGUUUCAGCACGGAGGGCAUCGACCAGAGCUCGGCCGACGAGAACAACGCGCAGAGGCCACCGAGCCAGCAGUCCAGCGCCCACAGCGUGAAGUCCAGUGCCACGAGCAGAGAGCCCCGCCGCUGGGACCAGUACGGCGAGAACAGGCGGCGCUUCGAGCCCCCCAACGCGCCGGAGAAGGGGUCAGCAGGCGACAGUCAGCGGAACGACAGAAGUGCAAGCAACCAAGCCAACGAUCGACACAGGGUUUUGACCGCAGCCAAAAAGGACCGUACUGACCGGAUAAACUACUCAGAUCACAGUAAUCACUUCAGCCAUGACAAUAAACUGGGACGCCUGUUCCAGCGUGUUGGCAAUUUAAUCCAUAAAAAGACAUAAACAGGCUGUGAUGGUGUGGGUGGGUGGUUGGGUACAUUGCUGAAUCCUGAUGUGCUAAACUUGAACAUUUGCUUUUCUUUGUCGGGUUGCCCAGCACUUCUUGACGAGAAUGCAAUUGUUGUUUUGUUGCCUUUCUUCCGAUAAGUAUUCCACAGAAGUAUUCUUUCAAUACAGACAGGAAUGCCUAAGUGCUAUUACCCUUACAAAGGAACCAUUCAAGUCUACUGAAUGACUCUAUACCUCAGGUCAUUAAUGACGUAAUGAUAUCAUGCAUUACCAUUCAAUGAUAUAUAAACAAUGCCAGAAUGUUAUUUAUAGGGCUUUUGAUUGGAUGCUGGUGUAUGGGUUAAUUGGAGGUUAAUUCCGCUCUAACAAGUGGCUGGUGCAAUUUAUGUUGACUGUAUCAACAUUAUAAAAGGUUAACCAAAGAAUAAAAAAGGAUAAAUAUGUAGAAUGUGCACUUUUCAAGAGGCUCUAAUAAAAACAGAAAAAAAUGAAGCAUAGCGGGGGAGAAAUUUCAUUUUUAUGUAUUGAGUGAAAUUACUUAUAAGUCUCUCACAUCUCAG